ACAGGUACAUUCAGUACCAGGAAAACCUCAGGUGAGACAGAAAGCUGGUUGUCAGUUUCAGUUCAUCAUCAGAUCCUAUGCAAACAGUUUUCUUUAGCUGCCUCACCUUUACUAACUGACAAAUGCAGGGAAAACACGCUAGUAAGAUGUCUUUAGGAUUUGCCUUUGCUUUACUGCUGACACUCCAGAGUCUCCAGCUGGUUUCCACUCAAUCCUCUAAUCUUGAGAAUGGAGAAUUAACUCCUUCACCAGUCAAUGGGAUACCUACUAAAUGGAAUAGAGAAUAUGAUUCAAUCUCACCUGACAUUUCUUCAGGAUCCAUGACAUAUAGUGGGGAUGGUGAAUCUCAAGAUGGCAACCAGACUGUCAGAGCAGUUACAGGACAAUAUGUUGAUAACGCGAAUACAACCUCAUCACCUCAGACUACACUCGAUGUCAGCAGUAACCCAACAACAACCAAUGCAACCUCGAUCCCGCAAAAUAACACGAGCAAUCCGGUCACACCGAACCCAAACCUCGGACCUUCAGUAACCAAUGGCAGCCAUGUAAACCUCGCAGAGAACAACACCACAACUUCAAGUCCUGGGACUUCAACUACUAUUAAUACAGCUAGUACUACUUCUACUCCUGCUUUUAACAUCACGCAGAGCUCAACAUCAACAGUCAGUGGGAACUUCUCGACUACAAGUCCACCACAAGUUGAAAAUUACACAAAGUCUCCUAGUGAAAAUUCAACAAAUACGACUGUCUCUACAACAACUAUCAUGUACAAUCCCACCAGUGUUGUACUGAUUAAUGACUCUAGCAAUGCGCCCACUACAACUUUGAACGCAACUGGGGUAUCUCUUGAUUCCAGAGGAAGCAUGGAUAGAGGUCUGUCUCCAGAUAUUCAACAACAAACCAAAAUUCAGGCAUGGGGAGCCAUUCUGGGUAUCGGUGUUGGAGUAGCAAUUAUUGCUCUGGUGAUCUUAAUCAUUGUGAAACGGAGGAACUACAGAGAUUUCUCACACAGGAAACUGGUGGAGGACAUGCCAUCUGAUCCAGUUCUCCAAUUGGACAACAGUGAGCCUCUGGAUUUGAAAUUUGAUGGAUUUGCAUACUACAAUCCUGGACUGCAAAGAGACAACAUCCAAAUGACUAACUUUCCACAUGGACACACUAACUAACUAACUAAAAAAAAAAUACUUUCCAUGCCAAACAGACUGGUCUUAAACUCAAACUUCAUUUAUUCUGUAUUUUGCCGAUGUAUGUAAAUUAUCCUGAUCAAGACAAAGUGAAGAAAAUUGCCAAAAGAACUUUAUCUAUAGAUGAGCUAAGAUCCAAAGCUUAUAAGGUGUGCCCCCCCCCCCUUCUUUUAGACAGAUGUCAGAUAAAAUGCUGGAAAGAACAGAUUAAUGAAUAUUGAUUUUAUACUUUAGAUGUUUUACUUUCUACAUGGGAAUGAUGUGCAACCUUGUAUCUGCUUACAUUUUAAAUAACUAUUACAGUGGUUUAAAUUGAUCAUAAAAAGUGAUUAAAUAUCCCUGCUUAUACCACUAUAGGCUGUAUUAUAUACAAUUUGGGAUAUUGUUAUAAUAAUUAAUAUAUAAAUAUUAAUAAUGUUUCGAUUAUGUGAUUACAUAUAAUACAAGGUAUAUAUACAUUCUAAGUUUGUAAAAAUCACCUCAAGAGCCUAAAGAUUUCUUUAAUAAAAAAACAACAAAUAAUAAUCUUAUUGCUGUCCUUACUGGGGUGUUUUGUUAAUAUGUAGGUGAGCUAUCAUAUACUCAAAUUAUCGUAACUUUACGAAGUUACACCCCCAUGACAAUAUUUUCAUAUACUGUAGCUAGAAAUACAGGCUAUUUAUUUUUAAUGGCAUUAUAAUGACUUCUUAAUAAAUCUUAGCUAAACCCACAAGUGAAUUUA